AUGCCUUCCAAGAAAGCCAUCGUCGCAGACACAACCGACCAACCCACUGGCCUCACAGAUGGAGAGCUUCGAUUUGUCAAGGCCAUCUUUGACAACAUGAUGCAGAAGCCCGACGCCAACUGGGAGAAUGUCGCUGGCGACCUCGGACUCAAGGAUGCCAAAUGCGCAAAGGAGCGUUUCAGGCAAAUGUCCAUUCGACAUUCCUGGGGCACGAACGGCUCUUCGGCUGUGCCCUCUCCACGACGAUCCAGAGCUGCUGCCAAUUGUCCUGUCGGAGAAGCCAAGAUCAAAAAGUCGCGCACACCUCGCAAGACACGUGCGAUGAAGCAAGAGGAGCUUGGUUCGGAUGAGGUCAAAACCGAGGACUGCCAUGAGGUAGACAAGGAUGGAGCCUAUGAGAAAUUCUAG